CUGCCAGCAAUGCGCCAGGCGUUACGUCUUCGUCAGAGCGGCCCUGGGUAUAAAGAGACAGGUGGUCCAGAAAGCAGACAGAUGCUAAGCACAGGAGGCAAGAGAAGCGAGCCAGUCAGGGAGACGCGCAACCCUCGCCAGCCCGCCAAGAUGCUCAACACGUCGCUUCCAGUUUACUUCCUCUGCCUUCUCACCUUCUCCUCAGCUUGCUAUAUCCAGAACUGUCCUCGAGGAGGGAAGCGAGCAUUCCCGGACACGGAGAUCAGACAGUGCAUCCCUUGCGGCCCCGCAAACAAAGGGAACUGCUUCGGCCCCAACAUCUGCUGCGGAGAGGAGCUCGGCUGUUACUUCGGCACCCCCGAAACCCUGCGUUGCUUGGAAGAAAAUUUCCUGCCUUCUCCAUGCGAGGCGGGAGGGAGGCCUUGCGGUGCGGAUGGGAGAUGCGCAGUGUCUGGCGUUUGCUGCAAUGAUGAGAGCUGCACCGUGGAUGCCGGAUGCAUGGAGGACGGCGGCGACCAAAAUCGAGCACCUUCGGAAAGGAACCUGACCAGGCUGGGUGGCUCCGCAGGGGACCUGCUUCUCAAACUGGUUCACUUGGCCAAUGCAAACAGGCAGCAGCCGUUUUACUGAAGCGAGGGGUGGCUUGGAAAGGGCCGGGCGGCUUUCCUUUCGGAAGAGCCCUGAGGAAGAGAAGAAGGAAGCCCGAGGUGGUGUAAAGGAGGAACGCUUUGAGAGCAACUUUGUAAAUACCCAGCAAAUAAUAAACAUCUUUUAUUGCA